ACUUCUAUGCUUAGUAAUUGAUUGGUGAACUAUUGUUUUGCGAAGCAUCAUUUACUUGCCUUCUUCACAGAAGGUUUUCUAAUGCCAAGCCUCUUCUGAGGACCAUCAGGGAAGAUUCUAUUUUGCAACCUCUUGCUUGUUUCCAUUCCCUAAAUUACUCUGUCAAGCUGCUUUAGUCAUAGAAAGCCCAACUUGCUCUGUUUAGUUCAAUGGACUGAGGUUUCAAGCAGGUUGAGAACAAGUUCCAUUCUGGCGAGUUGAAGACAAAUAUGUUGAAUUACUCACUUUAAAUCUGUUGCUUACGCUGGAGUUUUCUCUGUUUAUUCAUCAUGACCUUCUGGUGAUGGUGAUACUAACUCAUGACCAUAUUAGGUAAUGAGGACUGUUCUGUAACAACUUAGUUUGCUUGUGGAGCCCUAAUAUGUUCCAAAAACAGACCUGUUAAACUGACAUGUCUUCCAUCAAUGGGCUUCCCAUCCUUGAACUGGGAUAGGCAUCUUUUUGUUAUUUUCCCUUAGUCAGGCAGGUUUUUAUUUCUUUUAAGUGUGUUUGUCUUAAAUCCCUUGUUUGCUUUUUAUUUGUCUUCGUUUUCCCUUGCUUGACACUGCAUAUUCCCUUGGAUUGCAGCGCAUUUUGACAAGUGUCCAGUUGGCUGACCAUGUUCAAGACUUUGCCCAUCGGUAGGCUAUUGAUCAUCUUGGAGUAGAUAACGGACAUGCUUUGUGAAGUGGAAUUGGUCAAGUAUGUUGUUUAUCCUAUGAAUCCAGACAGUAAUUCAUUGAUUUCCCGAAGGUCCGUAAUAACACGCCUCUUGAAGGCCUUGUUGCAUGAAAAGGCGAGCAAGGAUCAUGGCUACUUUCUGGCCAUAACAUCCUUUAAAAGCAUCAACUUAACAGGAGUCAACGAGGCUCGGCAUGCUUUCUUCCGCGUGAUAUUCAAAUGCCGCACUUUCAUGCCUUUCCCAGGAGAGAUCUUGCAGGGGGUUGUGGACCUGGUACUCAGGUCAGGAAUGGGUUUGGUCCUCAGAAGUGGGCCUGUGAAUUAUGCGCUUCUACCAGCUGCUAGAAUGCCGGGCUACAACUUCAUUCCUGGAGAAAACCCUUCGUUUCUUCAUGACAAGCUCGGGAAAAUAGAAGCCGGUGUCGUGGUUCGUUUUGCAGUGAUCCUGGUUAGAUGGAUAGAGAGAAGGGGUGCUGCGAGGAAGGAGUUUUCCGUCCUCGCUAGUUUAGAAGGAGAGUCUCUGGGGCCUCUUCCACUGGUUCAGCCUGACGAGAUUGAACUGUGAAUAGAUUUAGAAAUCGGAUUGGCUUUCAUGAUCUCUACCGGAAUCUCUGUAUUGGAAAAGUCAGAAUGGUGAUUCACAUCCUUUCUUUAAGCUCCUGA